CCAAGGGGCUUUACAUAAGCUUGUAGUUGUAAACAAACAUCACUGUUUAUCUUUGCAUUUUUGCAGUUAAUUGUCAAUUGAUGCUUUUAACAAAUCUUUUUUGUUUUCCAAUUUCUUAAUUGCAUUUUAUUUUUGAACGUGCAAAGUAAUGGCUAUCGGAAUCCGUAUCGAGAAAAGUGACCCGAAUGGAUCUGGUCAGCAACAGUUGUUCAUAACCCGCGGUGGACAAAAUCCUGAAGAAAUUGUUUUGCCUUAUGAUGAGACAGCGGCAACUGCUCAAGUCGUUUUCAGCGAUAUAUACCGUCGUACCUUUAACAAUGAAGGUAUCCAACCACCGCCAGGAUCUUCAAUUGAUAUAUUAAACGAGUAUGAAAAUUAUGCUGAACAAAUGAUGACUGGUGUUGGACAAGAUUUGAGAAGAAUUGCUGCCCAAAUUGAAGCCUCAAAUGAACGUGAAAUCAUUCGUCGUCGAGCUCAAACUGUUAAUUUAAGGAUUGAUUCAUUUGAGAGAUACAGUGCUAUGCUCAAUGGACUGUUUCCCGAUAAUCGUAUAACUCGAGAAGGAAUUGUUGUUCUUUUUUUCUUUUGCUCAGACAUUGCUCUUCGGGCUUAUGCUUCAAGUCCAAUUGCUCAUUUCCAUCAACUAGUCGGAUGGACUCUUAAAUUCAUAUUCAAUCAUGUUUGCUCAUGGGUCAGAAGGCAAGGAGGAUGGAAUAAGGUUAUCUCAAAUUUUGUCCAAGGAACAGCAGUAACAGUUUGUGCAAUCCUUGGUUCAGUCGCAUUUGCGAUGUACAUCAAGCGAAAUCUUUAAUGUACAUCUGAAAGUUCAACUUCAAAUCACAAUCCGUUUAAAUUAACACUAAAUGUCGAUUCUCAGUUAUCACUCAACAAAUCUCAUAUUCAAGUGACAUUAACCUCUCAAUGAUGAUUUUAUGCAAUCAAUCAACUUUUUUUGGUGAUAAAUUUAUUCAUGAAAAUUGCAACAAUGACAGCAACAAAAAGGGAUCUCAAUUCUAGAUUCUCAAGGUUUUAUCUCUGAAGUUAGACAACAUCAGCUGACAUCGGGACUGUAUAAUAAUAUCAUUAGUUUAAAAGUCUUUGUUGGUGACCAAACCCUUAAGGAUUCAUGUAAAGUCUGUUGUCCAACUCAUGAGAUAAAUCCUCUCAAAUUUUAUCAUUUCCUAUUGAUGGUGAUUCAAAAUUUACUUUAAUCUUUAACAUUAUCUAAAUUAACAACGAUUUAACCCUCCGAAUCUGCCUAGUUAUGCAACAGUUUCUUGUAUUGUCUCAAGCAUUGCUGUUGAUUGAUUGAUUAACCAACAAAAAUAUUUACACUUUACCCUUUAAUGAUGCAAACAUUGGACCAAAAUUUGGCAAUUUAAGUGAUUUAACCCAACCUCAUGAAGAGGAUGAAACCCAAAAAUCUAAGGAUGAAAUUAAAGUCAUCUGACUUUAGCUGUCUUCUGAUUCAAUUUUUUUUUUGUUCACAAUUUACAUUUUUAAUUUGAAUAACCUUCACUGCCUAAGACAACAUUCAGCCAAACUGAAACCCAAUUUUGAACAAAAAUUUCCAAUAGAUCUCGCAGAGGAUUCAAAAAUCUGGCCUAAACUUCUGAUGAACUAAAUUUACUCAAAUAAUAGCCAGUUAUUAUCAAGCAACAGCAGAAAAAUUAAUUUCAAUUACAUAUAAAAACUUUGUAUCUUUUUAUUACAUCUCUUUUUUUGUAUUCAUUCAUAUUGAAUCUUUAAAUUCAAUAAACUGAUUUUAU